AUUAGGUUCGGAAAACUAACAGUAUCGUUGUCCAACAAAGAGGAUCUUUAUGUGGAAAAAUUGUCGAGAUUAGGGGCUUAUGUCGCGGAAUCGAUUCCUAAGUUCGUUCAAAAAGUCGAAGUCAGUCACAUGCGCGAACUUGACGUCUUUAUCCACCCGGACGGUAUCAUCCCGGUGAUAUCCUUCCUUCGCAACAAUCACAAUACCCAAUUUGGUGCUCUCAUUGACAUAACAGCCAUGGAUGUCCCGGCUCGACCCUUCCGAUUUGAGGUUGUCUAUAAUCUCCUCUCUUUGCGUUACAAUUCCAGGGUUCGUGUCAGAACUUAUACGGAUGAGCUGACACCAAUUAGCUCCAUCUGCGAUCUGUACCAAGCUGCAAAUUGGUAUGAACGGGAAGUAUGGGACAUGUAUGGCGUCUUCUUCUCCGACCAUCCUGAUCUGCGCCGCAUCCUCACAGACUACGGUUUCCGAGGCCACCCCCAGCGCAAGGACUUCCCGCUUAGCGGCUACACAGAGGUCAUGCGUUAUGAUGAGGAGUUGAGACGCGUCGUCAUCGAACCUGUUGAAUUGGCGCAGGAGUACCGCAAAUUCGAUUUCAAGGCUCCGUGGGAAAGUUUUGCUAAGUUCCGUGACCCCGAACACAACACGGCCAAGAUCGCCAAUGUUGAAGAAACCCAGAAGGCGAAGGAGCUUCCCGAUAAAUAG